GUGACCGCGGGCAGGCGCCGUCACGUGGCUGGGGCGUGCCCGCCCGUUGUGGCCAUGGCGGCCGCAAGUCCCAGUGUGGCGAGGCGGGUGGAGGAGCUCGGGGACCUGGCUCAGGCCCACAUACAGCAGCUUAGCGAAGCCGCCGGCGAAGACGAUCACUUUUUAAUUCGAGCCUCUGCAGCUCUAGAAAAAUUGAAACUUCUGUGUGGAGAAGACAAAGAAUGUUCAAAUCCAUCAAAUCUUCUAGAACUUUACACACAGGCUAUUUUGGACAUGACAUAUUUUGAGGAGAACAAACUAGUAGAUGAAGAUUUUCCUGAAGACUCUUCACAGAAAGUUAAAGAGCUGAUCAAUUUUCUUUCAGAACCAGAAAUUUUAGUUAAAGAAAAUAAUAUGCAUCCAAAACCGUGCGAUUUGCUUGGGGAUGAACUCCUGGAAUGUCUCUCUUGGAGACGGGGAGCCCUACUCUAUAUGUAUUGUCAUUCUCUGACCAAAAGGAGAGAGUGGCUCACAAGAAAGUCCAGUUUGCUUAAAAAGUACCUUAUUGAUGGAAUCAGUUACUUGCUACAGAUGCUAAAUUAUCGGUGUCCUAUCCAGUUAAAUGAAGGAGUUUCUUUCCAAGACUUAGACACAGCUAAAUUACUGAGUGAAGGAAUAUUUAGUGACAUUCAUUUGCUGGCUAUGAUGUACAGUGGAGAAAUGUGUUACUGGGGAUUAAAGCAUUGUGCAGAUCAACAGCCAGAAAAUCACGAAGUGGAUUCUGGUGUUUCUGGAGCAAGCUAUAUGACACAAAAAGAACCGUUGGAUUUCCGAGAAGUAGGAGAAAAAAUUUUGAAAAAGUAUGUAUCUGUGUGUGAAGGACCCCUGAAAGAACAAGAAUGGAAUACAACAAAUGCAAAACAAAUUUUAAACUUCUUUCAGCAUCACACUAACCAGUAAGUCCAUCUAUUCCUUUUCAAACAGGAAAACAAAAAAAAAACCCAUGAAAUGGAAAUGUUCCAGAAAAGAAGAUAUAUUGACACUGAGUUUAAGAAUGUUACACUACAUAAAGAUAUCCAACGUGGUUUCCUGUUUUUAAAUGCCAUAAGCAUCUUUCAGUAUAUAUUUUUAAAUCUAUGAAGGAACGAUUCUUUAAUUUUUAAGAUGACACGUAUGUUAUUCUAACUCAGCCUGAACUGCAGAUAUUCUAUAGCUAAUACUAAGUAGGAAUUCAGUGUAGCUUUACAAAUUUUUUUAUUACUAGUUAGGUUUUUUUUUUUUUUAUUGUGACAUAAAAUUGACCAUUUUAUAGAUUUUCAGAUUAUUUUAAAAUCUAUUUUGAAGUUUGCUAUGCUUCAAAGAUUAAAAUCAAGUCACCUCAUUGCUUUAGAUAUAUGCUGUGGAUAUAAAAAUUGGCAAAAUAAAAAAUUACAACUAGUAUUCAGACUCCAUUUCCAGAAUAAGAUAAAUAGAAAGAUGCCGCAAAACAAAUGUUUCAUUUUUUUUUAUACCAUUACUAAUGGCAUUUACAGUUUUUAUGCUAUUGGCAUCAUAUAAAAAUUUUCAAGCAAUUUUCCUAUUUUGUUUAAAAGAAAACGGAUGGGUUUAUCAAAUGAGUAAUGAAGAUGAAACCAAGUUAGGUUAGUCCAUCAUUAACUCAUAUGUGUUUAGAAUGUACCUUUUCAUAUAUAUUGACAUUUUAAUAUUUUUGUCUUUAAUAGUAGAGAUGAAUGAUAAAGGCCAGAGAACCUAACUUGCUCUCUUGCUCUCAGUAUUUCUGUCUACCUCAACUCCUAUGUCAUCUUGGGAUGAUCCUAAUACCUUGCUGAUAUCCUUGACUUCUGCUCCCGUGACUUCAUCACAUUCCAGAACUUACUCCCAUGGCUACACUUUGAAUGAAUAUCACCAUCCUGAGUUGCUCUUUCUGAAAUCUUAAAUUUCAGUAACUGAUGACAAUUCACAUCCUUCUAGCUUUGUACUUAUUUUUUUUUUUACUUUUUUCUCCUUUAUUUCUGUGCAUCUCUUCAGCUUCUUCAUAGCCCCUUUCUUUGGACUAUUCCUCUUUGUCCUAAACCAUCAGCUUCUUUCAGAUUUUCUCCUUCCUGAUCCAGCCUCAUCCUUAUAGGGGACACCACAAUCCCUUCAGGUCCAUUGUCCCUUUGUCCUUCAGUCUAAUCAUUCUGCAAGUCUCAGCAUUGAAUUAUUCCUGUCACCCAUCUUUUUUUGGAAUGUUUCAUCCCUAUGAAGUACAUGCAGCCCAUCAAAGUGCAGUCCCUAUAAGUAUCUCAGCUUUAACUUUAGGAGAAUCCUCAAUAUAAGCCUUUUGCUUUUUUCUGGUGUGACUUCUCUCCUUUUCCCAUGGUGGCCAAUCUAAACCUCUAACUUUCCUCAUGUCCUCUGCCCCCUCCCUUAGCUUAUGGCUCUUGGUCCUGUCUUACAGAAGAUUAAAACUAUAAGGAGUUCAACUUGUAUUUCCUGUCUUUGCCCUACUCAUUUCCUCCAUUUUUAGAAGAAAAGAUGUAGCCUGCUUCCUGUUGAAAGUCAAUCUCCACCUUUCCUUAUUUCCCUUGGGCUUCUUUUUUUGUUGUUGUUUUCCUGCCUGGUUUAGGUAUUGUUCUUCCCUAAAUAUCUGUCCUUUUUCUCUUUAUCCUCUCUACCUUUUCCUUUCUCUGUCUCUUUUUUUACUUACUCUUAGGUGAUGUUAUUCCUUGCCAUGGCUUUUUCUAACACCUAUAAUGUUCAACUGACUUCUAGACUUGGAGCUUGAAUCCCAGCUUCUGCUCUCUGAGCCUUCUUCCUAUAACUGCCUAUUAAAUAUAUUCACUUAGAUAAUUUUAGUAAUUUUAAAUUCAGUAUGUCCAAACAACUAAGCCUCAUCUUUAAUCUAAAAUCCAUUUUGGUUUAUGUUUUGGUUGUUUUAAUCUUUCACAGUGCAGGGCAACAGAGAAUGCCAUGACCUGGUUACUGUCUACCUUCCCAUGUUUAUCCCUGUAAUGCAUCCUGUGUAAUCAUGUUUUAGUCUAGUGUUCCUCAAACACUUAAAACCCAGGCCCCUAUUUGAUUAACAUUCUGAUAGAGCCUCUUGGUACAAGGAAAAUCUCUCCCUAUCUCUGUCUCCUUGCUUCUCCAUACACAACUAAGAUUUUUAUUUAACAUAGCUUUUUAACAAUUUUACUAUAAAAUACCUUUGUGCUUUCUAAGUAUAAAGAUUUAAAUCAUUUUUAGUAUGGUCUUAGAAUACAGAUCACCCUCCCUCACCUUACCCUUCUAACCUUCCCCUUUUGGAGCAUGGUGAUCAGUUGCAAGCACUUUGGUUUCUUUUCUAACGUGCUGUGUGUUUUUCCCCUCAGUACUCUUUGCAUUUAUUACUUCUGCCUGGAAUGCUUUGCCUUUCGUUGUGGCCAAGUGAACACCCAUUUAUCCUUUAGGACUCAGUUCCAGUGAAACUAUCUAUAAGGCUUUUUUCAGCUCAUUCCACUCAACAGUUUGAUGUUCAUUUGUUUCUGUUCCCUUAAUCUUCCCUCACAUGUUAACAAACAGGUAACACUGCUUUAUAGUUCUUUUCUUAAUGAGUUGGUAAACUCCUUACUUAAAAAAAUUUAUACUUUGUGCUUAAUGAUGAGUAGGCCCUUAGUGAUUUUUUCUUUUUUAAUUAACAAGAGACCUGGUUCUUAAGUGCCGAACUCUGCACAAAAGGGUUGCUGCUUUUGGAUUCCAAACUGCCACACCCUCUAUACCAGUAGUUGACAAGGCAAAUAAGGAAUUACUCCUUAGAGGAGUAAAGUAUUACAUAGAUUUGGAACUUGAGAAAACCGUAACUUUCUCUUCAGAAAUGGGAACUUCGUUUUGCCUUCUUGACCCUUGUGAACCAUUUGGGUCCCUCACUGGUUGGUGUAGUUCUGAGGGUGCUACCGGGUGCUUUUUGUACAACUUUUCCAUCCCUCACAUGAUUGGAGAAUAAUUUGUAGACCAUAACAGUUAAAAUGCUUUUUACUCUGGUGUAUUACAAAACAAGGAACAACAGAUUUUUUUUACGCAUGUGUUAAAGCCUAAGUAAAUUCUUUUCAUUUAGAAUGAAGUAUCUUCAAGAUAACAAAUACUCUACAUAAGGAAAGCACUGUAAUUCCUUCAUCAACAAUUAUUAUGUGCCUCUAGAUGCCAGGUUUCAUCUUAGGCAUUGAUGAUAUAGCUGUGUAAAACACCAUCUUUUGGAGUUUAUAUUCUAUUGGGGAAGUUAACCCAUUUUAAGAAAUAAAUUUAUAGUGUAUUAAGUGGUUAGUGCUAUGAAGAAUAAAGCAGGGUAAAGGGCUUGUGUGACUGGAAAGUAGUGCUAUUUUAUUUAUCGUGGUUGAGAAGGCACCUAUGUACUUUAGGAUUAGUGUUUUCAAAUUCUAUCCCUUUGGUUAAAUGCCUUGCACAUUCAAUACAUUCAUAAGGUUUCUUUCUUAUGGAAGUUCUGAUACAGAUUAAGGUAUGAUUCAUUACUUAAGACCUUUUUACUUUGAUUACAUUUAAGAUGUUUUCUCCAGUGUGGGCUUUACUAAUGAGUGAUCACCUAAAGGCCUCAUUGUGUUUAUUACACUGCGGGGGUUUCUCUCCAUUUUGAGUUCUCUGAUGGUUACGAAAAUGUAAACUCUGUUAAGGGAUUUUUUCAUAAUCCUUAAAUUUGUGUGGUUCUUUCCCAGUAUGAAUUUUUUUUUUUAUGUUAAGUAGGCUUUGAAACUUAAAGGCCUAUCUGCCUUGUGGCAUUUAUAGGGUUUCUGGCUACUGUGAAUUGUUUGAUGCUGAUUAAGGUGCAAAUCAUGACAAGACUUUCUCUCAUUCCUUUGCUUACAGUAGAGUGAGAUGAGAGUUAUGGCUAAAAUCCCACAAUAAAAUUACAUUCCUACUUCUACAUUUACACUCCCACUGUGGAUUCUAGGAUGUUCAUUAAUGUGGGAACUGUGUUUAAAGGUAUUCUCAGAUUCAUUUUAAUGGCAUUUUUAAAAACCCACAACUGGAUGACAUCCGAGUUUUGGAUUGAUAGUCACUUUUCUCUUGGCACUUUCCAGGGUUUCAUUUCUGGCUCUAAUAAGGAUACCUUAUCUGCAACAGAAUCCAGGAUUCUGUAGUUCUCUAGUGUUAUUUCCUUAUAUUAUUUUUAACAUGAUAUAACAUGUUAUUGGAAGUAUUAUAUUAAAAUACAUUUAAUGUAUCCACAAUUAAAGUAUUUGUUAUGUAUUCAUGCUGGUGUUCUAAAGUUUCUGGUUUUCCUACUUCUAGUGAAGAUUUCCAAGUAAAAUGUUUUGGAGCAUAUAAAAUUUUUUUUAAUAAAACCAUAUUCCCAUAUUUG